ACCGUGUCUGCACUGGAGCGGGUUGCGGAGCUCCCGGACAGGCCGUGCCUGUGAUGCGAUGCCAGGGUGUCACUGGUGCUGGCGGGCAGUGAGACGCGUGCGUGGCCGGAUUCGUAAACACCCCGAGAGAUAGAGCUGUUCGCAGAAACUGAAGCCCCGGCACGUCUGGACCCGAUUGUCCCACUCCAGGAGAUGGCCGCGAAGUAGAGUAGUUAUGGUCAGCCAUGGAGAGUGACCCAGAAACUGGUCCCAGAGAGGGUCGUGGCUUUCUGUCCGAUCAGGUCCGCUUUAAAGUCGAAGAGGAAGAUGACGACGGGAUUCCCGACCACGGUCUGGGCGGGGGGGGCUUCAAGCAGGAACCCGAGGGCGGGGGCGCCCAGGCCGACAGCGGCGAUGAGCAGCUGGAGGCCCGGGGCCCGAGCCAGAGCUGCGCGGCCCCCGGGACGCGCGCGUGCCCCGACGGCGAGGACGACUGCGGGGCCCUCUUCUCCCAGUACAGCAGCACCCUGUACGACGUGGCCAUGGAGGCCGUGGCCCAGAGCCUGCUCGCGGGCCGCGGCGCCGGCUCCAGGAAGAAGUCGCCGGCCUGGAAGCACUUCUUCAUCUCGCCCCGGGACAGCACGAAGGCCAUCUGCAUGUACUGCAUGAAGGAGUUCAGCCGGGGCAAGAACGAGAAGGACCUGAGCACCAGCUGCCUCAUGAGGCACGUCAGGCGCGCGCACCCCACGGUGCUCAUCCCGGAGAACGGGAGCAUGGCGGCCCUCGCCUCCUUCGCGGCGCCCUCGCUGCUGCUCCCGCCCCAGCCCGCCGACGGCGGCGACCUGAGCCCCCUCCUCUCCCCCGUCAAGCUUGCCCCCCAGGUGGCGUCCAAGGUCCCCUCCCCCGACCGGAUGGCGGAGGAGACCGUGUCCGUGGUCUCUUCGGACGACGUCUCCCCCGACGUGCCCCUCUCCGACAAGUACGGCCGGGAGGAGGCCCUGGGGGGCCCUUCUGUGCCCCUCCCCGCGCUCCAUUACGAAGAGGCCCUGGAGAACGGGGCCGAGAGGAGCCUCCCCGUGCCCAAGAGUGCGGCCGGCUCCCGCCGGCGCUCCGCGGUGUGGAAGCACUUCUACCUGUCCCCCCUGGACAGCUCCAAGGCCGUGUGCAUCCACUGCAUGAACGAGUUCAGCCGCGGCAAGAACGGCAAGGACCUGGGCACCAGCUGCCUCAUCCGCCACAUGUGGCGCGCCCACCGCUCCAUCGUGCUGCAGGAGAACGGGGGCGGCCCCGGCAUCCCGCCCCUGCACUCCACGCCCCCCACGCUGCUGCCCGCCCUGCCGCCCCCCGACACGGAGCCCAGCUCUGUGGCGUCGUCCCCGGGGAAGCUGAUCCCAGAGUCCCCCUCGGCGUCGUCCUCCCCCGACCGGCUGCCCGAGGACCCGCAGUCGCACCUGACCCCCGGGGAGGCGCUGCUGGAGGACGUGGACGGGCUCGGGGAGGCGGCCCUGCUGUCGUCCCCGGAGAGGCGGCGGGUGGCCGGGCCGAGCCCUCGGCUGCCCGGCUCCGGCGCCGUGUUCCAGCAGAACAAACGGGUCAUGAAGAGGCUCAAGUCCGAGGUCUGGCAUCACUUCUCGCUGGCGCCCAUGGACAGCCUCAAGGCCGUGUGCAGGUACUGCGGCUGCAUUAUCAGUCGGGGGAAGAAGGGGGACGUGGGCACCAGCUGUCUGAUGAGACACCUGUCCAGGCGCCACCCUCAAGUUGUCGGGAGCCAGAAGGGUUUUCUGGGGGCCAGCUUGGCCAGUUCUCCGUAUGCUACUCUGGCAUCGGCAGAAAGUUCCUCCAGACUAACUGCCCUGCCAGCCGUGGUCACAAAAAAUAAUCCGGUUGUGUUUCCUGUCAACAGCAAAAAGACCUCAAAGUUGUGGAAUCAUUUCUCCAUCUGCUCCGCAGACCCCACGAAAGUGGUGUGCCUGCACUGCGGCCGGACCAUCAGCCGGGGCAAGAAGCCGACCAACCUGGGCACCAGCUGCCUCCUGAGACACCUGCAGCGGUUCCACGGCAGCGUGCUGAAGUCCGACGGCCCCGCGAGCGCCCGGCCCUCCUCCCCGGUGCUCCCCGGCCCCCUGGGCACCGAGGGGCCGGGAGCGUCCUCCUUCCACGCCGCCGCCGCCACCACCGAAAAGUUUUACGACUCUCACCCCGUUGCCAAAAAGAUCACGAGUCUCGUGGCCGAGAUGAUCGCCCUUGACCUCCAGCCCUACUCCCUGGUGGACAGCGUGGGCUUCAGCAGGCUGCUCGGCUACCUGAACCCGCAGUACUCCCUGCCCUCCCCCGCCUACUUCUCCAGGACCGCCAUCCCCGGCAUGUACGACAGCGUGAGGCAGAUCGUGCUGGCCCGCCUGAAGGAGGCCGAGGGCGGCGUGGUCCACUUCACCGCGGGGGUGUGGAUGAGCAGCCAGACCCGGGAGUACCUGACGCUCACCGCCCACUGGGUCACCUUCGAGGCCUCCGCCCGGCCCCACUGCGAGGACCACCACGGCUCGGCCCUGCUCGGCGUGUCCCGGGUCGACUGUGACUGCAGCGGCAACAGCGUCCAGAAGCAGCUGGAGUGCUGGUGGGAGGCGUGGGUGACGGCCCCCGGCCUGCAGCUCGGCCUCACCGUGACCGACAACGCCAGCGUGGGCCGGACGCUGAGCGAGGGCGAGCGCGCCAGCGUGCCGUGCUUCAGCCACACCGUCAGCCUCAUCGUGGGCGAGGCCCUCAAGAGCCAGCGGAUGGUGCAGAACCUGCUGAGCAUCGCCCGGAAGAUCUGCGAGCGGGUGCACCGCUCGCCCCGCGCCAAGGAGAAGCUGGCCGAGCUGCAGAGGGAGUUCGAGCUGCCCCAGCACCACCUCAUUCAGGACGUGCCCUCCAGGUGGAACACGUCCUUCCGCAUGCUGGAGCGGCUCGUGGAGCAGAAGCGGGCGGUCAACGAGCUGUCGGUCGAGUGCGGCUUCCGCGAGCUCGUCAGCUGCGACCAGUGGGCCGUCAUGCAGUCCGUGUGCCACGCCCUGAAGCCCUUCGACGCGGCCAGCCGCGAGAUGAGCGCCCCCGCGUCCACGCUCAGCCAGGUCAUCCCCAUGAUCCACAUCCUCAGCAGGAAGGUCGAGAUGCUCUUCGAGGAGACCAUGGGCAUCGACACCAUGCUCAAGGCCCUGAAGGAGGCCGUGGUGAGCCGCCUGGCCGCCACCCUGCGCGACCCCAGGUACAUCUUCGCCACGCUGCUCGACCCCCGCUACAAGGCCUCGCUGUUCUCCGAGGAGGAGGCCGAGCAGUACCGGCAGGAUCUAAUCAGGGAACUCGAAAUGCUGAAUUCUACCUCAGACCACAUGCCUGUCCGCAACGGGCACGACCCGGGGGCCCCGCCCCAGGGCCCCUCGGGCGAGGAGAGCCUGUGGUCCCUCGUCGCCACGGUGAAGAAGCCGGGCCCGCUGGACAAGGCCCCGGUGCCCGAGGACAUGGUGCUGGCCUACCUGGCGGAGGAGGUGCUGGAGCACAGCUGCGACCCCCUCACCUACUGGAACCUGAAGAGGGCGGCCUGGCCCGGCCUCUCCACGCUGGCCGUCCGCUUUCUGGGCUGCCCCCCGAGCAUCGUCCCUUCGGAAAAGCUCUUUGACACACCCUCGGAGCACGGCGGCUUCGGCCCGUCCAGGCUCACGAUGGAACACUUUGAAAAACUCGUCUUUCUGAAAGUGAAUCUCCCCUUAAUCUACUUCCAGUACUGACUCUCCGAC